AUAAAAAAACAUUUUAUUAUGAUAGAGAUUUCAACUUUCAAAUCAAACCUUUAUGGGUGGGGGAAGAAUAAAAAAUGAAAAAGCAAGAAAAAAUAAAAAAAUGCCACAUGAAUUCGGGGAAUACGAUAACCAAGGGCUCCCAAUUACAAAUUGUAAAUUUGCAAUUACUGAUUAGUGUUCCCCAUAAAUCCAGAGCCCUCCAGAAGGCACCAUUCAUGAACGUGGAUGUUCAUGGUAGCUUGGCUUUUUUCAACUCCCCCAGUAUGCAAGUUCCAGGCUACCCCCCGGCAGUUUCCAGUCCCAACUUGCAGCCAAAAUCAGAAAUCGAGAACCCUUCCAUGAUCUCUCAACUUUAGAAAUUGACUAUCCACAGGGGAGUGCGAAGUUUCCGCGUCCUCGUGAACUUGUUGAUCUGCACAAUUACUGGUCUUCUGCAGCAAUCAAAACCCUAAACCUCAAACUCAAUCAUCAAAGAGAAGAAGUACUCUCAGAACCCGAAAGGGCAAUACCCAUGUCGCAUAGAACCCUAGAUUCGCGCCACUCCAUAGAUUCUUGCACAUUCCAACUGCAUAGCUGGAGACCCUUUCAGUUCCCCGGCACACCCAGAACCCUAGAACCCGAUCACUACAUUUCCAAACCCUACUGCAAAACCACCACUACCUCCUCCAGUGCCACUGGAAUUCACAGCAAGAGGCCGUGCCUGGCCGAUCGAGCGACGUCGUUCUCGCUCGACAACCUCGACAUGUCGAAGCUGAGCUUGUUCGAUGACGAUCGCUCCUACGCUGCGCCGCACAAGCGGGAGAAGUUCCGGUGGAUUGCAAGGAAGAGGCGGCGGUGCGGGUCUCGGUCCGUUUCGGGGCGGAGCAGCGACCGGAGCGGCACACGGCGGUGCUGCUCGGUGGGUGCUUCGGCGGCGUACGCUACGUGCUCGGAUUUUCCGGUGGCGCCGGGACCGGGGACGGAUUCGAGCGGGGAGUUAUUCGUGAACGGGGAUGCCAGUUGGGCGUCGGACGUGAGUGAGGCGAAGAAUUCGAGGAGGGAUAGGGAUGUAGCGGAUAAGGAAAAUUUGGGUUGCGGGUUUGGACAAAUUGGGAGUUUUGAUGCUCUGGGAAAUGAGUCCGGGUAUGGGAGCGAACCAGGCUACAGAGGAGAUGCAGAAUUUGGAUAUGGCGAUGAGGUUGAUGAGGAAGAAGAUGAUCCGCGGCUACAGUUUUGGGGUGAGCGAGUUGGAGGUACAUGUUGCUAUUCUGCUUCUGCUCGUUGUUUGCUUGCUUCAGCUCGAUUAUUCAUGUGCUUAGUGCUCUUUUUGUGUGCCUGAUGCUAAAAUGGAGAUAGUUGGGGAGAACGCCUUUUCGGAACAAAAGAUCCACCACAGAGGCCGGCGGAAGAAACAUGAUUGGAAAAUGGUUGAUCCAUUGUGGUGACUAAUCUCAUCGUCCCUUCAACGAAGGCCUUUUUCUUUUAUGGUUAGACCCACUCCUCGGUAUUUCGUUGAUGAGAUUCGAUAUUCAGAGCUCAAUGUAAUUAAAAGCCACUGCAAUAUAUUUGUGCCUUCAGCAGCCUUCUGCCUUCGUGUUUUAUUUCGACCAUUUCAUAUUGUAGCAUUAUGCUGGAAAUUUUAAAUGUGUAUUUCAACAUGUAAGUUAUACGCGUUGGAUGCUUGAUGACCAUAAAUUUAAGUCUGAGAGUUUUCAA